CAAAAGAAAACGAAAAAAAACCUCAGUCGUGUAUUCAGCUCUCCUGCAGACCCAAAAAUAGAACAAGAAAUCAGCUCCAAAGUUUUCUACCUCCUCUUUGCUUUAGCUUAGAUCCUUAGAACCAUUUACUAGGGGUUUGACCCUAUAGUACUGGGUCAUUUUCUAAAUUUUAUUUUCACCUUUUUGGGGGCAAGCAUAGGCAAAACAAGUUAUCGUUCAUGAAAACUUGGAGAUUUCUAUUUCUCUCUUUUUUCGUUUUAAAUUUAUUGUCUUUAGGUUUCAAUUAUGGCGUCUCGCAAUCGGAGGAACAGAAGAAGAACAAGUUUCGCGAGCGUGAGGCAACCGAUGAUGCUCUUGGUUAUCCCAAUUUUGAUGAGGAUGAGCUGUUGAAAACUCAAUGCCCUCGGCAUUUGGAAUUAAGAUGGCAGACUGAAGUGAGUUCUAGCAUAUAUGCAUCGCCGUUGAUUGCUGAUAUCAACAGUGAUGGAAAGCUUGAGGUAGUAGUUCCCUCUUUCGUGCAUUACUUGGAAGUCCUAGAAGGUGCUGAUGGAGAUAAAGUGCCAGGUACACCUUUGCUUGAAGCUCACAAUUCAUUAAACGCAUCGAAUCCUACACCAGAAGUUCACAAUUCAUUGAACACAUCGAAUCCUGCACCUGAAGUUCGUAAUGAUGCAUCUAAUAAAACAGUUUCCACAACCGAAAUUCAACGUGAUGUACAGAAUGCAUCUAAUCUAGAGGAUCCAGGAAAAAAGGAUGUUAGUCAAGCAAAUGCUGAAAUCAGUAUGCCACAUAACAUUAGUAGCAAUACAUCUUCUAAUUCAAACACAAGGAGAAGGCUUCUUGAAGAAAGUGUUUCUGAAUCUGGAUCCAAAGGUAAUGACGCUGAGGAUGUUCAUGCUGCUACUGUCGAAAAUGAUGGAGGCUUGGAAGCGGAUGCUGAUUCUUCAUUUGAGUUAUUCCGGGAUAGUGAAGAGUUGGCUGAUGAGUAUAACUAUGAUUAUGAUGAUUAUGUUAAUGAAACCUUCUGGGGAGAUGAGGAAUGGACUGAAGCACAACAUGAGAAAUUGGAAGAUUUUGUGCAUAUAGAUGCACAUGUUUUGUGCACUCCUGUAAUAGCAGACAUAGACAAUGAUGGGGUGUCAGAGAUGAUUGUUGGAGUUUCCUACUUCUUUGACCCUGAGUAUUAUGAUAAUCCAGAGCAUUUGAAGGAACUUGGUGGCAUUGAGAUUGGAAAAUACGUUGCUGGUGGCAUUGUUGUUUUCAAUCUUGAGACAAAGCAAGUUAAAUGGACUGCACAGCUGGAUCUGAGUACAGAUUCUGGAAAUUUCCGUGCCUACAUAUAUUCAUCUCCAACAGUUGUUGAUUUGGAUGGUGAUGGGAAUUUGGACAUCCUGGUUGGAACUUCUUAUGGUUUGUUCUACGUAUUGGACCACAAGGGCAAAGUGAGAGAGAAAUUUCCACUUGAAAUGGCUGAAAUUCAAGGGGCAGUAGUUGCAGCCGAUAUCAAUGAUGAUGGCAAAAUUGAAUUGGUGACUACUGAUACACAUGGAAAUGUUGCGGCUUGGACUUCACAAGGAAAAGAAAUUUGGGAAGCACAUGUUAAGAGCCUUGUUCCACAGGGUGCCACGAUAGGUGACGUGGAUGGGGAUGGUCAUACUGAUGUUGUCGUUCCAACAAUAUCUGGAAACAUAUACGUUCUGAGUGGCAAGGAUGGGUCAACUGUACGACCCUAUCCAUAUAGAACUCAUGGUAGAGUGAUGAAUCAAGUUCUUCUGGUCAACUUGAACAAACGCGGGGAAAAAAAGAAGGGACUAACCAUUGUUACUACAUCAUUUGAUGGUUACUUAUACCUAAUAGACGGGCCCACAUCAUGUGCCGAUGUUGUGGAUAUUGGAGAAACAUCAUAUAGCAUGGUUUUGGCCGACAAUGUCGACGGUGGAGAUGAUCUUGAUCUUAUAGUGACAACCAUGAAUGGCAAUGUCUUCUGUUUUUCAACACCUUCUCCACAUCAUCCACUCAAGGCUUGGAGAUCAUCGAAUCAGGUAAGAAACAAUGUUGCACAUCGCUAUGGCCGCGAAGGAAUCUAUGUUACACCAUUAUCAAGAACUUUUCGUGAUGAAGAAGGCAAGAGUUUUUGGGUCGAAGUAGAAAUUGUAGACAGAUACAGGUUUCCAUCUGGCUCCCAAGCACCUUAUAAUGUCACGAUAAGUUUGUUGGUUCCUGGCAAUUACCAAGGAGAGAGAACGAUUAAGCAAAAUCAAGUCUUUGAUCGUUCUGGAAUACAUCGCAUUAAACUUCCAACUGUAGGAGUUAGGACUGCGGGGACUGUACUAGUAGAGAUGAUUGACAAGAAUGGACUCUAUUUUUCAGACGAUUUCUCCCUUACCUUUCAUAUGUAUUACUACAAGCUGUUAAAAUGGCUUCUUGUCCUUCCAAUGCUCGGAAUGUUUGGCAUUCUUGUCAUCCUGCGCCCACAAGACACCAUGCCUCUGCCAUCAUUUUCUCGAAACACUGACUUGUGAUAUUGAGCAGCCAAUGAAAUCUGACGUGCAUAUUAGGCAUUACACAGCAGUUGAGGGUUGCCAUCUUCAGAACCCUUGUGCUGAAAAACCUAAUUAGAUCAAAUUUAGUCUCUGAUAAAUCUUCAACGUCUCAUCUCUGCUACGGAGCCUGUGCCUGAGACGAGAGAUUUGUGUUUGGAAAUGCAAGGCAUAUGUUGUAAUUGGAGCUGAUUAAGGAAAGGUUUUAUUUGAUGUAAUUGAAUUCUUUCCUUUGCGAGAUUUAUACAGAAAAUUAGAUUUUUGACCCUACACUAAAUUUGAUUUUAGCGGAUU